CAAAGAGCCUUUUAUGCAAGUGACACUGGUGGAAUUCAUGUGUUUGUGUGGGAACUAAAAGAUGAAGGUCUUACUCUGUGUGUGUUUCAUCUUGUUUGUUACUGAUAAGGCAACUGGACAGACAUCAGUCGCCUGUGAAAAUGUUUCUGACUUUGACCCAUGUCAGAGUGGUGUGGGGUUCUGUAAUGAGGAAAUUAGCAGAUGUACCUGUUUCAAAGGACAACCGUUCUGUCGGUGCAACAGUCAAAAAGGUGAGUUUUACAUUAAUGAAGAAUGCUCUCAGAAAUGGACAGUAGUGACCUUUGCCCUGGUGGCAUCUCUGCCUGGUCUCACACUCGCUGUGUUGGUUGGGGUGGUUGUUUAUGUGAUGAUGUUGCCAUCAAACAAGAGCCACACAGGUGAAGGAAUGACAACACCCAAGACGGCAUCUAAAGAGCAGGAUUUGUUUCCUGAAAUUGCUUUUGCUUCUGAUAUGAAUGGUCGGCCUCCCCCUAACAUGAGACCUGUACAACAAGGUCAUAUUCCCAUGACAGCCAUCCCCAACCACCCUGGGAUGCGUGAUUCUCAAAUGGGAGGUCCUGCUCGGCCCUAUAGUGUAUCCAGAAGUGUGCGCCCAUCUGUUGACAGCAUGCCCGAUGGACGACCUCGCGAGCCAAACAACAUGUACACCGGGAUGCGUGACCCUCCUAUGGGAGGUCCAGUGCAGCCCUACAGCAGUGGUGCAGUUCGGGGUCAGAUUGUUAGCAACCCUUACGCUAUAGAUUCAACCAGUCGAAACCCCUAUGAAGAUCGCAGUCCUUCUGCAGACCACCACAGUGAUUACAGACCACGUGCCCCUUCACACACAUAUGAUGACCUGAAACACAACCAGCCCUAUUCUCCUGCUCCACUCUACGGUUCCUCGGACCAUGGAAACCUCCGCAAUGGAUUUCCACGACCCCAAUUAAGUCUACGAUACUAAAAUAAAAUAAAAUAAAAAAAAAAAAAGAUUUUUAGAAAAAAAGAAAAGUUAUACAAUAAAGACUGUUGAAUGGGAAUGACAUGAAGAAUUUACAUAAUUUACGGAACACAACUUUAUUAUUUCCUGCUUUAAAUCUGAUCUCUGUUAUCAUCUGUAAAUAUGUCUAUACUGGGUGAUUUAUACUGAAAAAUAUAAUUAUUUUCUACACUAAAUACAAAUGCAAUUCUGAAACCUCACUUGAAAUACCGAAAUUGACUUGGAAUUUAAUAACACAUUCUCAACUCAAUUAUGAAUGGCAAAUAAAAAAAUAUCAGAUU